GAAGUGCAGUGCUGUUCCUGCUUACGGUGACGUCGUGGGGUGGGGUAAGAGGAAAGAGGAGGGGUGAUCUCCUAACAAACAGCUGUUGCAGCUGCAGAGCGGAAAAAGGAGAAAACUCAGGAGCAACAGCAGCAAUCCGACCCCUGCAACAGCUUUACCAUGAACAUGUACCUGUUUUUGUAUGACUUAAUGCAAUUCUGUGGACAUUCUUGGAUAUUUACAAAUAUGAUCAUCAGGUUCAUGACAUUUGGAAAAGAGUCACUGGCUGACACGUUUCACUCCAUAGGAUUUGUAAUGCGCCUUUGCCAGUUGUUAUCUGUGUUGGAGAUCCUCCACAUCCUCAUUGGCAUUGACAAAAGCCGUCUGCUCCCCAGGUUUUUGCAGAUCACUGAGAGAAUAAUUGUUUUAUUUGUCGUGAUCAACAGUCAGGAAGAAGUUCAAGGGAAAUAUGUCGUCUGUGUUUUAUUUUUCCUUUGGAAUUUAUUAGACGUGAUCAGGUACACUUACAACAUGUUGGCAAGGGUGGGCAUAUACUACCUACCACUAACAUGGCUCAACUUCUCACUAUGCAUCCCGCUUUAUCCCCUUUCAGUUCUGGCUAAAGGAUUUGCAAUUUGGGUAUCACUGCCUUACUUUGAAUCCUUUGGCACAUACUCCAUCAAGCUACCAUUUCCAUUCACCUUCUCAAUCUACUUCCCAUAUGUUCUGAAAAUGUACCUGUUAGUGCUCUUUGCAGGUAUGUGCUUUAUCAUCCAGAAUCUCAUCUCUGAGAGAACGGCACACCUAGGGACAGGCAACAUCAAAAAUAAAAGAAGCUAAGUUGAUACUUUGUUUGGAGGGACAAAAUAUAUUCCUAGAGGAUUGCUGCCCAUCAUAGUUAAAAACAAACUGGACAAAGAUUUCUCAGUGCAAAACUCCUUAGUAUGAACAUUAUCUGGCUGUGUAGAAUUUUCAGAAAAGGCAGAUCUCUUGAGCGCACCUCAAAAAAAGAGCAGCUUUUGAAAACUUUGGAAUGUUUUGACUUCAAGUGGCUAGAGUUUUAAAAUUAAUUUUUUCAAACAUAUGUUAUAGAAUUCUGAAAAAAUUGAAGAGUGCUGCAACUCACAGCCACCCUUAUUUCAGUGUUAAUUCUUAUCUCAUUAGCUACAGAUAUUUUGUAAUGACAAUAUCAUUUAAUCUGUAAGAUUACUUUAUACUAGGCCAACAUGUAGGAACCUCACAUAUAAAUGCUAAAUUGGCUGGAACUGGAAUCUCUCAAGGAGCAGAGAGAUUGCAACCUAGAGACCAAUAUGCUAAUUAACCCAGGCAUUCACUAAGGAUCCUUCACAUUCAGGCCCCAUCCUUCAGU